AUAAAAACUGAAAAUGUCAUAUGCCUAUAAAUAGCUGAACAUGAGUCAAAAUAUUUUUAAAGUUUUGGGGUGCUUUAAAAAUGCUUACAUUCAGUGAAAAUUGCAUGUGUCUACCUUAAUUUUUUUAGAGGUUCACCAAAAACUAAAAUCGAUCUUGUCGAAAACUGAUUUUGCGUAAAAAUGUCCGUUCUCCCUUAAUUUUUUUUUGUUCUUCCCCCGAAAUUUUGUCAUGUUGACCUCUCGAAUGCUCGAAAAAGAUUCACUUUCCUAUCAGAAAAUAAAUUAAAAUUGAAUAUCGAAUCAUUAUUUCGACUACCUAAUUAUCAAGUACACAGAAAAAAACACAUCAUUCUAAAAGCAACACAUUUUUUGCCCUCCUCAGUAUCUGAAAUUGCAAAAACAUGGACUUAAAAAUUCAAAAUUUAAAUUCAUAUUUACAUGAAACACAUUUAAAACUUACUUCGUAAUAAAUUGGAACAAUAGAAGAAAAGUAGAAAAUACAAUAACAUCUGUGUUCUAAUUAAUAUAAUAUAUUUUGUAUGAUGUUGGCUGCACUUUUUUUUUGUUGAUGUGGGUAGCAACUUUGUGUAAAUGUAUAUUUUUUCUCGUAAAAGUCUCUUUUUCGGACGAGUGACGAAUUUUUGGUUUUUCGUGUGAUUUGGUACAUCAGCAGCGGCGCGGUGGCUUAUUUACAAACUGCCGAGUGAACUACACUCCACAUCGAGGAACAUCCGGUAGUUCGUCGCUCGUUUGGAUUUGGAUGUCCACUCGUGGACGUUCACUAUGAUAAUACCUGUCUCGAAGAUCACCAUCGGGGCUGUCUUGUCCGGUGUCGUGGGCUUGUGCUUCCUAAGCUACUUCGUCUUCUUAGGCCCUGAACGCCGCAGUGACAAGGUAACCAAAAUGAACCGGCUCAAGAAACGACUGGCGACUAAGGAUGGCGAAACUACUAAAAUGGCGGUGCUCGUCCAAGAGUUGCACCCAGGAUUAAAACAAAUCCAGGCCGAUCAGAAAAUCUUUGAACAAGAUGUGAAUAUGGGUGAGUUCUACUUGAUUCGCGGGAACGAGGAUCUUGGCGUCAAGCACCUAGUCAACGCGAUGAUGACAUGCCAGAAUCCCACCGUUCUAUACCAAGUGCUGCAAAAAAAACUGUCCAAACGCUUGUUUGAAAUGCUCACCAAGAAGCUGUCACCAGAGCAGCUAGAACUGUGGUCGUCUUCCAGCAAUCUGAAUUUGGGUGACGUCGAUUAGUGUUUUUUUAAUCGUCAAGUUAAUUUUAUAAUUAUAUACGCAUAUGUUUUUAUUAAUUAUUUAUUUAUUUGAUUCUGUACUUAUAUAACUAUAUGAGGUGUCAAAUUUAUACUAAAUAGUAUAGCGAGACAGUGUAUUAGAUAUUAAGACAUUUAAAAGUGUACAAUUACAAAAACAUAAGAUAGAAUACAUUAAAUUAGUGAAGUAAUUAUUAAAAAAUAGAAUAAUAAGGUGGCCGGGACACUAAAAUAAAUUAAAAGCUAGUGGAGCAUUCUGUGUAUGAGGUUCAAUGAAACAUAAAAAAGCGGGUAAGUGGAUGUCACUCUACUGUGUAGUAGCCAGUAGGUUACAAGUGGGUCCCUAUAAUUUAUGUUGUUAAAUUUGAAUUCAAUAAUAUAAAAUCAUUGUGCACGAAAAACGAUUCUGACCGAAGAGACGGUCUGUUGGCCUACUAUUAGUAUAUUUGUUGAUAUUAUUGUGAUUAAAGUAAUCAAUUUUACUAUUCGACACUAAUAAAAUAGUAGAAGGUUAAAUUCAUUUUUGCCUAA